AUUUAAGGUUAUGUUAUGGCUCGUGCUGAAAUUUAGCUCUUUGUAAUUAUAAAUAAUUACUGUGGUUAUAAUAUCAAUUGGAAUAUCUAUACCGAUAUACAAUGUCACGAAGACCAGAGUUUCAGGCGCCACCUGAGAUCACAACCUGGUAGCAGUGUAUGUAAUUCUUAAGGGUUGGAGCGGGCAGAGAAUUAUACUUUGCUUGGCAUACCUCCCUGGAGAUAGGAACGACCCCUCUGCGGAACUCACAGCUGUGGCCGACUAUGCCCGCAAACACAAUGCAGAAAUACUGGUGGGAUGUGACGCCAACGCCCACCACACCAACUGGGGAAGCACCAACAUCAAUGAUAGGGUUUUACAAUGAAGAAGAAGCAAGAAAAUAUACUCAAAACUCCCGAAUUAUCGACAUUCAAGCUCAGAUGACAGAGAGAUGUUUAGAGCUGCUAUUGUUACCUGAAGAUGAUACUCCUUGCUUGCUCUUAGAUAUUGGCUGUGGAUCAGGGCUCUCUGGAUCAGUGCUAGAGGAAAAUGGACAUAUGUGGAUUGGAAUGGAUAUCUCAAAUUCCAUGCUUGAGGUAGCGCUGGAGCGAGAAACGGAAGGUGAUUUAGUUCUUAGUGACAUGGGUGAGGGAGUCCCAUUCCGAGCAGGUUGCUUUGACGGGGCAGUUUCUGUGUCAGCCAUCCAGUGGCUGUUCAAUGCAGACAAGAAAUCACACCAGCCUGUAAAGAGGCUGUAUAAGUUCUUUAGCACAUUAUAUGCUUCGCUGUCUAGAUCAGCUAGGGCAGUAUUUCAGUUCUACCCUCAAAAUGAAACUCAGCUGGAACUCCUAACAUCCCAGGCUAUGAAGGCAGGCUUCUAUGGAGGUGUGGUCAUAGAUUACCCAAAUUCUACUAAGGCCAAGAAAUUCUUCUUGGUGCUUAUGACUGGAGGUUCAGCUCCACUUCCAAAAGCUUUAGGUACAGAAGAAGAAAACAGUCUGCAAGUAAAAUAUGCCAGGAGAGAAGCCGGCAGAAAUGCAAGAGGUAAACCUCUAAAGAAUACUAAAGCUUGGCUUCUGGAAAAGAAAGAGAAGAGGCGGCAGCAGGGCAAGGAGACUAAACCAGACACCAAGUACACUGGCAGAAAAAGAAGCGGAAGAUUCUGAUAAAUAUUUAUUUAUACUUAUAAGAGAUUUACAAUAUUAACUAAGAAUUAAAAAAUAAGAACUGAA